AUGAUAUGUUUGAUAUUUGUGCUAUCGAUCAAUCGGCUCAGCAUUGUGGCGAGGAAAAACAGACGAUAUGUUGUGCUUUUGUGUAAGGUGCUAACGAUUACAAGUCUAGCGAUUGGUCUCGUCGUAUUUCUGAUAUUCGCAAUUGACCCCGAAGUGACAGCGCAAUACGAUUCGCUAACGUAUUGCUGGCGCUAUAUGCACACUCCACGAGCCUAUAUUAUGGCGCUGAGCGAGUCAUGUGCA